UGCUCAAAAAUGACAGCAAGCUGAGCAUAAAUUGAAUAACAAUAACAACAAUAUUUCCACACAUUUAUCACACAAAUUAAUGGCGUUGCGCAGCAUUAAUAAGUUGGAGUUGUUUUUAAAGCGUUGCAGUGUCCCCACGUUGUACCAUUGCACUUGCCGCACUGUUCAUAGCCUAAACAAUAGUACAAACAACGAUGACAACAACCACAACAAAAACGGCAACAACAACAACAAUGGAUUUGGUGGCAACUUCAGUUGGCGCGGCGCUUUUCGAUUCUUUGUGCCUUUCUCGCUUGGAGCGCUGGCCAGCACCAUAGUCACAAAUCGCGAGGAGCUAACACCAACAAUCUCGGCACGCUCCUUAAGCGGACGCCGGCGUGAGUUCAAUUUCAUUGCGGACGUUGUUGCCGGCUGCGCCGACUCUGUCGUCUACAUUGAGAUUAAGGAUACCCGGCAUUUUGAUUAUUUUAGCGGCCAGCCCAUCACUGCCUCCAAUGGCUCUGGGUUUGUUAUUGAACAGAACGGUCUCAUACUGACCAAUGCCCAUGUGGUCAUCAACAAGCCCAACACCAUGGUACAGGUGCGUCUCUCCGAUGGUCGGACCUUCCCCGCCACCAUUGAGGAUGUGGAUCAGACCUCCGAUCUGGCAACAUUACGUAUUCAAGUCACCAAUCUGCCGGUUAUGAAGCUGGGCAAGAGCAGCACCUUACGCUCCGGAGAGUGGGUCGUUGCCCUGGGCAGCCCCUUGGCGUUGAGCAACACAGUCACAGCUGGCGUAAUCAGCUCCACGCAACGUGCCUCCCAGGAGCUGGGACUGCGCAAUCGCGACAUCAAUUACCUGCAAACGGAUGCGGCCAUCACGUUUGGCAACUCUGGUGGUCCGUUGGUGAAUCUGGAUGGCGAGGCUAUCGGUGUCAACUCGAUGAAAGUCACUGCCGGCAUUAGCUUCGCUAUUCCCAUUGACUAUGUAAAGGUGUUCCUCGAACGGGCAGCGGAACGUCGCAAGAAGGGAUCGGCCUACAAAACGGGGUAUCCGGUAAAGCGUUACAUGGGCAUAACGAUGCUCACACUGACGCCUGAUAUACUUUUUGAGCUGAAGUCGCGCAGUCAAAAUAUGCCCAACAAUCUGACGCAUGGCGUGCUGGUUUGGAAAGUUAUUGUGGGCUCCCCAGCACAUAGUGGUGGACUGCAGCCGGGCGACAUUGUAACCCACAUCAACAGCAAGGAGAUCAAGAAUUCCUCGGAUGUUUACGAUGCUUUGGCGGAUGCCAAGAAAGAACUGGAUAUGGUCAUACUGCGAGGUGUGAAGCAGUUGAAGGUUACCAUCACACCGGAGGAUCCUUGAUUUCUUGUAACGCUCUCAUUGUUGGUUAAAUGCUCUUUUUUGCACAAUCUGUAUAAUGUGUUAUGAUUUGCAAUAUAAAAUGGGAAUUGCCACCAAAGACAAUGCUGCCGCUAAUUUGCUCGUUGACACGUAGCUGUCAGCAUUUGUCAGCCAUGCUGCGCGCCAGCUUCGCUAAUAUUUUAAAUUUCGCAAACAAAAUUAGCAGUCUCAGAAAUCUCUUGACAAUGAUUAAAAUAUUUGCACAAUUCUAUUUAAGCAUGAAAAUAUCAAUUAAUUCCAG